UCUCAGCUUCGGCGUCGUUUCACACCCGGUUUCGAGAAUCUUUUGGACACUGGUGUGCACAAUGGCUGGUAUGAUGCUGGUAAUACCCUGCAAAUUAUGAUUUUCCGCUGGAUUUUUAUCCCAUGGUUGCAAACAGAGCUGAAUGCAUACAAGGAUCGUGUUAAUAACACCGCGAAACGGCGCGAUCGUAACAAGGUGUUACCACAUGGAAUUCCGGAGCUGAUAUAUAAUUCGCCUCAAGACUUUGGAGCGCUUGAUUUCAAGAUCGGCAUUGAGCCAGGUGCUAUUGAUGGUAUUCGUAGUGCCUAUAUCAACCCUUCGCACACAGUAUUUGACCUUGUGCCGCCAACUCUCGGUGAUCACCUUGCUUCUUGCUACGACCACUUGGGGUGUCCCAUCAUCACCCGCGACUCCGUCUGGGGAGUAUACUUGGAUAUGCUCAAUGCCAUCCAGCUCAGCGACAAUUUACCUGCUGAAAUCACGCCUACAGAUGAUGAUGAAUUACCUUUGCUCGCGAAUCAUGAAGACUUACAUUUCCAGGAAGACGAUAGCGGUUUUUAUUAUAUGGGAGGGGUCCGUGGUGGGCGCGGUAUAGGUUGGGUUCUUCACAUUGAUUUUUACGUGUAG